AUGGCGCUCCUGCAGCAAAGCUGUCGAUCUAGCAGCGGCAUUUUACCCGUGCUGGGCCGCGUCCUGCAGCGCAGCUUUGCCGCAGCGGCCGCAGAUGACAAGAUUACUAUAGAGGUCAUGCCUUACAAGGCGCACAGGAUUGAGCCGCCCUCCAACGUGGUGGAGACGUCCAUCGCCGAGCUGACCUCCAUGUACGAGCUGAUGUACACCAUGCGGCGCAUGGAGAUCGCGGCCGACAUGAUGUACAAGGCUAAGCUUAUCCGCGGGUUCUGCCACCUGUACGACGGGCAGGAGGCUGUCAUGACGGGGAUCGAGUACGCCAUCACCCGGGACGACGCGGUGAUCACGUCGUACAGGGACCACUGCCAGCACCUGUCACGCGGUGGCACAGUCAAGGAGGUGAUGGCGGAGCUUAUGGGCAAGGUGGACGGCGCCUCAAAGGGCCUGGGCGGCUCCAUGCACAUGUACAACAAGCAGGCUGAGUUCUACGGGGGCAACGGCAUCGUGGGGGCCCAGAUCCCCCUGGGCACUGGGCUCGCUUUUGCCAAGAAGUACCAGGGCAAGCGCAACAUCGGCAUCACCAUGUACGGCGACGGCGCCGCCAACCAGGGCCAAAAGUACGAGGCCCUCAACAUGGCGG